UGGGCCUGCCGGCCACGCGGGGAGGGCCACCCUGGAUGACUAAACCCGAGAGAAACGCUGGUGGGCGGCUUGGGCGGGUGUCGGUGCCCGCGUAGGCCCUGCUCGCCCCGCAGCCACCACCCGCCCGGUGACCAUGAUAGUGUUCGUCAGGUUCAACUCCAGCCAUGGCUUCCCAGUGGAGGUGGAUUCCGACACCAGCAUCUUCCAGCUCAAGGAAGUGGUUGCUAAGCGACAGGGGGUUCCAGCUGACCAGCUGCGUGUGAUUUUUGCUGGGAAGGAGCUUCGGAAUGACCUGACGGUGCAGAGCUGUGACCUGGAACAGCAGAGCAUAGUUCACAUAGUGCAGAGACCAUGGAGAAAAUGUCUUGAGUCAAACGCUUCUGGAGAGAACAAGCCCCACGUCUCAGGGGGCUCUGUCUGGGAGCCCAGGAGCUUGACGAGGGUGGACCUCAGCAGCCAUAUCCUGCCAGCGAACUCCGUGGGGCUGGCGGUCAUUCUGGACACAAGCAGCAGCAGAGAUUCCAAAGUGGCCAGAGGUCCAGCAGGUAAACCCACAUACAACAGCUUCUAUGUCUACUGCAAAGGCCCCUGCCACAGGGUCCAGCCUGGAAAGCUCCGAGUUCAGUGCAGUACCUGCAGACAAGCCACCCUGACCUUGGCCCAGGGUCCGUCCUGCUGGGAAGAUGUCUUAAUUCCAAACCGGAUGAGUGGCGAGUGCCAAUCUCCAGACUGUCCUGGAACCAGAGCAGAAUUUUUCUUUAAAUGUGGAGCACACCCAACCUCUGACAAGGAUACAUCCGUAGCCUUGAACCUGAUCACCACUAACAGCCGCAGCAUCACCUGCAUAGCGUGCACAGAUGUCAGGAGCCCCGUCCUGGUCUUCCAAUGUAACCACCGCCACGUGAUCUGCUUGGACUGUUUCCACUUGUACUGUGUCACAAGACUCAAUGACCGGCAGUUUGUCCAUGAUGCUGAGCUUGGCUACUCCCUGCCGUGUGUGGCUGGCUGUCCCAACUCCCUGAUUAAAGAGCUCCAUCACUUCAGGAUUCUUGGAGAAGAGCAGUACAACAGGUACCAGCAGUAUGGCGCGGAGGAGUGUGUACUGCAGAUGGGGGGCGUGCUGUGCCCCCGUCCUGGCUGCGGAGCUGGGCUGCUGCCUGAACAGGGCCAGAGGAAAGUCACCUGUGAAGGGGGCAACGGCCUGGGCUGCGGGUUCGUCUUCUGCCGGGACUGUAAGGAAGCAUACCAUGAAGGUGAAUGUGACUCACUGUUUGAAGCCUCGGGGGCCACCGCUCAGGCCUACCGAGUGGACAGAAGGGCUGCUGAGCAAGCUCGCUGGGAGGAGGCCUCUAAAGAAACCAUCAAGAAAACCACUAAGCCUUGUCCUCGCUGCAAUGUGCCAGUGGAAAAAAAUGGAGGCUGCAUGCACAUGAAGUGUCCGCAGCCGCAGUGCAGACUGGAGUGGUGCUGGACCUGCAGCUGUGAGUGGAACCGAGCCUGCAUGGGUGACCACUGGUUCGACGUGUAGAAGGGUGUCACUCAGGCCUGCAUGGGUGACCACUGGUUCGACGUGUAGAAGGGUGUCACUCAGGCCUGCAUGGGUGACCACUGGUUCGACGUGUAGAGGGAUGUCACCCAGGCCCUGGCCCUGGCCCUGGCCACAGCUUCUCAUGGGAAAGUUGUCGACCCCUAACCUCUUAGCCAUUUCGUCUCCUCUAUGCAUACAAGCACAUACAUACACACGCACAAACACAGGCUGCAAAUUACAGAUGCGGUCACUAGAGCCUUUCCACGGCACCCACGGAAACCAGCAGCGCCCGCUGGGCACCCAGCAAGAGGCACUUUCAGGCUUCUGGCUUAUGCAAAUAUCAGAGCUGGGGAGAGAGUGAAGCCCCUUGUUUUGGAUUCUCAGCCCGGCCAGAAUCCAGCUGGAUCGUCACAGGGGCAGAGGUUUUCCAGGUUUAACUUUCUGCCUCCACUUUCACCAACUUCAUGUAGAAGCCACGGGCAAAGCCAACAGCCUUCCAAGGCUGUCGCCACGCUCUGAUUAUGUUAGACUGCUGUGGAGUCUCACAAGCACACUCGAGAUUUAAGGAGCAGUGCUAUUAUUUAACAAUCACCUCCUCCCAGAGGGCCCUCCCCAGCAAUAGUCAAAACUCCUAGUUUAUCCCCAAGAAUCCUGUCUUGAUAAGUGGUGCUGAUGAGACAGGUCCGCGGCAUACAAAUCAGCUCAUCAACCAAGUGAGGAACUGGGAAAGCUAAUUUGAAUACCAGCUGGUUAAAUCACUGGGAGGGCGUCGAAGCUGAGCGCACUGCCAUCCGUUCAGUUGCCUGCAACCUUAGAAAGAAAUGAUUUUUUUUCCUCCUGAAAAUAUUACAAAGUCCGCAAUUUGGUUUGAAGUAUUCAUAUUGCCACCUGGAAGCUUAGCCCAUUCGUUUGGCUUCAGUGUAAACUCAAUAGAGAAAGUGCCUAUAAAGGGAUAUUCUUAGAAACAAUCCCGUGAUGCUAUUCUAACGCCAACAGCAGUGCAGAUCGGGUUUAUAUUUAUGGAAUAUUUACAGAAGGGCCAUUUCUAGACCCUCUAAGUGAAAACAUUGCCUGACCCCCUCCAUCAGAGGGGUACACCUCUAUGCACCUACUCCCUCCCCAGCUGCUAAGCCCCAGGCAGGGCCUUUCACGCAGGACAAUAAACACACACUAGAAUUCUUCAGGUUAAUAUGCAUCACAUUUGAAUGUUAAUUUUUCAAAAUUUUAUUUUUUCCUGUUUUGUUUUGUUUUUGAGGCACGCACAACACAUAAAAACAUUAGCACUAGGUACUGUGAGCUGAAUUUUCUACCACACCAUGUGUGCAGGGUGAGGCCUAGUCUCUGCCUUUCCUUCUCAUUUGAUAUUCUGGCUUCUCAGGAGGCUGAGCUGCUAGUUGAGGGUCUCAUUGGCACAUGAGGUCCCUUGGGACUUAAGAGACCUGGAUCUUCUGAAACCAAUAUGAAGGUGUAACCAACUGAAACCCUUGCUGGUGAGAGAAGAGGCAGUGACCUCAGAAUUUUCCAGGUCGUAUACCAAGAACAUCCACUCCCCUACUCCAGGCAGCCUUACCCAGCCUCAUCCAGAACUCUCCCCAGGAGCUUUCUGCCCUCCCCUUCCUCUGAGAUGCUGGUACAAGACUGUGGUGUGAGGGGGUCAUAACAACAUGAAUGACCCCAUUUAAUAUCAGCUAUUAGAAAAUCCUUCCACUCCUACAUGCUGUAGGCCUGCCAGACCCAAGUCCAGAAGCCGAGGUCACGUGGAAACAAUGGGGUUGGUAUCUUGGAAAGUGAGGAAAGAUCAGCAGACACAAGUCCACGCUUGCAUCCCAGUGGCCUAGUCUCCACCCCAGCCAGGUCCCGAAGGAGUGCCACAUGCCCACCCAGAGUGGCAAAGCCGCCUGUCCUGAGCACUCAGGGUUUUUAUGCCACCCGUCACCGUUUCGUUUGCAGCAUCUCUUCCCGCCGCAUCUUCCCACACCUGUGUGCUGUAAUGGUUUGGGAAGCCAGGACAAUGUUUUCUGUCCUGCUCUGUAGAGAGACUCCCUGGAGUUUGCUGGCUUUCCAGCAUGUUCCUUUUUUCUUUCUAGUGAUGGCCUCUGUUUUCUUCAGAAUAGAAUAGUGGUUCUGAAAAUAGCUUAAAGGGAAAGUAUCCACAGUGUGUGAGCAUGAGUCACCGCCUGUGUUGUGUGAGCAUGAAUCGUGGGACAAAAGCGGAUGUCAGAAGAAUGGAAACCUAACCUCUGAAGAGCAAUCUGCCUUUUUCUGUGAAAUGCAUUAAGAAAGAUCUGAAGGCUGUGUCCAUGGUGGUACCCAGACUGUCAAUAAAAGAAUCCAAAGAGUG